AUGCCACCAGUAUCUGCAUCAAAGGCCAAGAGAGACGCUAAGAAAGCUGAAAGAGACGCUAAGAAAACUGCUGCAGGUAAGACCAUUAGAAAGCUGGGUAGAAAGAAGGAUGCUACUGUUGAAGAAUCAGAGGUAGAUGCCGCCGCUAGAGAAAUCAAGAUGAUGAAGCUUCAACAAGAUAAGGACGGUCUUUCGGACCGUGUUGUCACUGGUGUUUUGAGUUCAUUGGAGACUUCCCGUGAUAUCAAAUUGUCUUCUGUUUCCUUGCUGUUUCACGGUAAAGUUUUGAUCCAAGACUCUGGUUUAGAAUUAAACUACGGUCGUAGGUAUGGUCUUUUGGGUGAAAAUGGUUGUGGUAAGUCUACUUUCCUGAAGGCUCUUGCCACCAGAGAAUAUCCUAUUCCCGAACCGAUUGAUAUUUAUUUAUUGGACGAACCCGCGGAACCAAGUGAGUUAUCUGCUUUAGAUUACGUUGUCACCGAAGCCCAAAACGAAUUGAAAAGAAUUGAAGAUUUAGUCGAAAAAACCAUCUUGGAAGAUGGUCCUGAAUCUGAGAUAUUGGAACCUCUAUAUGAAAGAAUGGAUUCUUUGGAUCCUGACACCUUUGAAUCGAGAGCCGCCAUCAUCCUGAUCGGUUUGGGUUUCAACAAGAAUACUAUUUUGAAGAAAACCAAGGACAUGUCUGGUGGUUGGAAAAUGCGUGUUGCCUUGGCAAAGGCUCUUUUUGUUAAACCAACCCUAUUAUUGUUGGAUGACCCCACUGCACAUUUGGACUUGGAAGCGUGUGUCUGGUUGGAAGAAUACCUGAAAAGAUUUGACAGAACUUUAGUUUUGGUGUCUCAUUCUCAGGAUUUCUUGAACGGUGUCUGUACCAACAUGAUCGACAUGAGAGCUCAAAAAUUAACCGCUUACGGUGGUAACUACGAUUCUUACCACAAGACAAGAUCCGAAUUGGAAACCAAUCAAAUGAAACAAUACAGUAAGCAACAAGAAGAAAUUCAACAUAUCAAAAAGUUUAUUGCAUCUGCCGGUACUUAUGCUAACUUGGUGAAACAAGCUAAAUCCAGACAAAAGAUUUUGGAUAAGAUGGAGGCUGAUGGUUUGAUACAACCUGUGGCUCCCGACAAGAUUUUCUCAUUCAGAUUCCCUCAGGUAGAAAGGUUGCCACCACCAGUUUUGGCAUUCGACGACAUUUCGUUCCACUAUGAAAGCAACCCAUCCGAAAACUUGUACGAACAUUUGAACUUCGGUGUGGAUAUGGAUUCGCGUAUUGCUCUAGUCGGACCCAAUGGUGUUGGUAAGUCCACAUUGUUGAAAAUCAUGACCGGUGAGUUGACUCCACAAUCUGGUCGUGUCUCUAGACACACACAUGUCAAAUUGGGUGUCUACUCGCAACAUUCUCAAGAUCAGCUGGACUUGACCAAAUCCGCCCUGGAGUUUGUUCGUGACAAGUACUCCAAUAUUUCACAAGAUUUCCAGUUCUGGAGAGGCCAACUAGGUCGUUACGGUUUAACCGGUGAGGGUCAAACUGUUCAAAUGGCCACCUUAUCAGAAGGUCAACGUUCCCGUGUUGUGUUUGCCCUGUUGGCUUUGGAACAACCAAAUGUUCUACUAUUGGAUGAACCUACUAAUGGUUUGGACAUUCCAACCAUCGACUCCCUGGCUGACGCCAUCAACGAAUUCAACGGUGGUGUCGUUGUCGUUUCGCAUGAUUUCAGAUUAUUGGACAAGAUUGCCCAAGACAUUUUCGUUGUCGAGGAUAAGACCGCUACCAGAUGGGACGGAUCUAUCUUGCAAUAUAAGAACAAAUUGGCCAAGAACGUCGUUUUGUAG